CCUACCCGUGAUGCUUUGCGAGACAAAAUUGAACGCUCGGCAAAAGAAAACAUUUGUAUCUCGCAAGCUCUGUUUUUUAAGAGUGAAAGACACAAAACAAGACAUUUAAACUGGAAUUGACACGGAUAAGAAGAACAUUUCAACGGCGCGAAACGGGGAGAUUUUAUCGGGGCACGGCACCAUGGAUCAGGACUAUGAGUGCAGGCUGCUCAGGCAGAUCAAUAUCCAAAAUGAGAAUGCAAGCCCCAUAAAAGCUGUAGGAGCUGUGCGAGCUCUGACACCUACCAGCUCCCCCCUGUCAUCCCCCAGCAAGCAUGGUGAUCGCUUUAUUCCCUCCCGGGCUGGAGCCAACUGGAGUGUCAACUUCCACCGCAUCAAUGAAAUUGAAAAGUCGCACAAUCAGAACAGGAAAACCAAAGACGGCACAACCGACAGCAACAAAGCGGAUGGCCUGGCUUACUCGGCUCUGCUGAAGAACGAGCUGCUGGGAGCGGGCAUCGAGAAAGUCCAGGACCCGCAGUCAGAAGACCGCCGUCUGCAGCCAUCUACCCCUGCCAAGAGGAGCCUUUUUAGUUAUUCUGUAAGCGCUAAGAGGGCUCUGCCAGAAGAGGAUGGAAACACAGUCUCUCCAUAUUCUCUGUCGCCUGUCAGCAGCAACAGCCAGAAACUGCUGCGAUCACCUAGGAAACCGACGCGCAAAAUAUCCAAAAUUCCUUUCAAAGUUCUGGACGCUCCCGAGCUCCAGGAUGACUUCUACCUCAACUUAGUGGACUGGUCCUCUCUGAACGUGCUCAGUGUUGGACUGGGUACCUGCGUCUACUUGUGGAGUGCCUGCACGAGCCAGGUGACACGUCUGUGUGACCUUUCUGUAGAAGGCGACUCAGUAACUUCAGUGGGCUGGUCAGAGAGGGGUAACCUGGUGGCGGUUGGGACUCAUAAAGGCUACGUACAGAUCUGGGAUGCCGCAGCAGGAAAGAAGCUCUCUGUGCUAGAAGGACACACAGCCAGAGUGGGUGCGUUGGCAUGGAACGCGGACCAGCUGUCGUCUGGGAGUCGCGAUCGGGUGAUCCUGCAACGCGACAUCAGAGCUCCGCCUCUCCAGUCUGAGCGCCGUCUCCAAGGACACAGACAGGAAGUGUGCGGGCUCAAGUGGAGCACAGACCACCAGCUGCUCGCCUCGGGGGGAAACGAUAACAAGCUACUUGUGUGGAACCACUCGAGCGUCCUCCCGGUGCAGCAGUACACGGAGCACUUGGCUGCAGUGAAGGCCAUCGCCUGGUCUCCCCACCAGCACGGCCUGCUGGCCUCCGGAGGCGGCACCGCCGACCGCUGCAUCCGCUUCUGGAACACGCUGACCGGCCAGCCCUUACAGUGCACAGACACCGGAUCUCAGGUCUGCAACCUGGCCUGGUCCAAGCACACUAAUGAACUGGUCAGCACACACGGUUAUUCUCAGAACCAGAUCCUGGUGUGGAAGUAUCCCUCUCUCACUCAAGUGGCCAAACUUACUGGACAUUCCUACAGAGUGCUCUACCUGGCCAUGUCCCCUGAUGGAGAGGCCAUUGUCACAGGAGCCGGAGAUGAAACACUGCGGUUCUGGAACGUCUUUAGCAAGAUGAGAUCCACGAAGGAGUCAGUGUCAGUGCUGAACCUCUUCACCAGGAUCCGGUAGUCAGCGCACCUCUGUACUACGAGGGAAUAAAGCCAGGAGGGGAGUUUUUCUUUGCAUGUGUCCAUCUGUGAACGGGCCCCUUCUUUGAGUAUUCUCCUCAGUAGUCUACAGAGGGCCCCCCUCGAUUGCCCUUAGUUAUUUAGCCAAGUCGUAGCUGGAGGCGGGAGGGAGCUGGAGAGCUGCGCAGCCUCAGUUUCAAGGGCAGAGGAGACGCAUACAUGAAUACAUACAUACAUACAUACAUACAUACAUACAUACAUACAUACAUACAUCCAUACGUACAGUAUUCCACUUCCUCCUGAAUGCUGGAGCCACUGCCUCCUCCAACAGACGAGCGAUCUCUGAUGAUGAGGAGAAUUCUGGGGGCGUUUCUCCCCCAACGUGAUUAUGUUUUGUUUACAGACUGAUUUGUGCUCACCUGCCAAAUAUUAAGUUUGUUGUUUUGAUUGUCUAUUUAUUUUUUUUUCUGUUUUGUUUUGUUUGUUGUUGUUUUUUUAUGUAUUUUUAACAUUUUCUUACUCGUGUGUUUGUGACAAAGGCUGGUAGAUUUCCUUUUAUGUGUGUAACUGCAGGUUUCGGUCGUAUCUGUGGAGGAUGUUUUUUUGGGUUUGAGGAGAAAAGACUUGCUUGUCUUUCUGUAUUUUAUGAGAGGAAAUAAUGCUUCAUGUACACUCGCAACAAACAAAAUAACUCUGCUAUUAAUCGUGAGAGGGAUUGGACAGAUGAUCCUGAUCUCCUUGUUUUUUAAUCUGACAAGCUUCAUUUAAGUUGAACGUUAAAACUAAUAAUAACAGUGAGCAGUAUUGACUCUUUGUGUCAUAAUCUCUGAAGAACAAUCGUGUGAUGGCACAUCUAAGGAAACAAUCGACUACACUGAACAUUAGAGCGAUUUGUAAUUCACACGAAAACAAGGAGAGUUUAAUGUGACUCGUGUUGAAGCUUUUCAUUGAUCUUUUGUUUCUCUAAUUUCUUAAAUGGAAAUCAGCCGAGAAGGAGGUGAAAUUAAAACACUUUGGUUUGUCAGUGUAGUUUGUUACAGCAACUAAAACAUUUGGGAUCAAAUCAGAAUUAAAUGCUAUUCUGUGCAGAGCUUCUUCUUUCUGCUGCAUCUGCUAAUAUAUUCAAGCUGGAGGCACUUUGUCUUCUGCUACUUCAGACCACUAAGCCUGUUUCCAGCAGCCGCGCUUUUCUCCUAUUUUAAUUUUUUUUAAAAUCUGAUUUCCUAACAUCUGCACGUUCUACCCACCCCUCAAUUUUUUUAUUUUCUUUUGUUUCUGGUUGAAUGUUUGAGUCAGCUCGUGUGCCACAUCUAAAUGAAUGCUAUUUAUUUGUGUUGCGUGCACAAGUUCUUGUACAGGAAAAAAAAAGGCAUGUUUGUUCACUGAUGUUAUCUGAUGAGCAGGUUCACUGCUAAACUCUGGAAAACUUCUUUUAAUGCCACUUGAAAAUCGAGACAAUGCUGCCAACUUGAAUUACAGAAAGAAUGUUAAAAAGAAAACAAAUAUUUCUGUACUGAGAGAUAAUCAACAAUUAAAAGAUCAUAUCUUGUACCAUA